AUGGCAGAGAGGGCAAGUGACAAAGAACCCUCCCCCCCACCCCCACUGGUCUGUAGUGUGGUUCUUGGCAGCCUCUGGAAGAAGCCUCCAAGGCUCAGCACACAAGCAAGCUGCAGGGAGCUUUAUCCUCUCUUUCUCUCCUCCCAUUCCUUUCCAUUCUUUUAUCUUCGCACCCUUCCCUUCCCCAGUUCCCGUCCCUGCCAGGUUGAUGUGAGCUUGAGCUCCCUCUACUGGCUAGACUUCAGUGCCACAGGGAGCCAUGCCAAAGGUACCCUCACUUGUUUCCAGCUUUCCUCUUGA